CCCGUGACCCGGACGCGAUCGGGCAAGAGGCGCCAUGGCGCGGAGCGACCGGAGGCUUCGAGACAGAGAGGGGCGCAGAGAGACACACAGAGAGACACAGAGAGACAGAGAGACCACGUAGAGAGACAACGUAGAGACAGAGAGGGGCGCAGAGAGACACAGAGAGACACAGAGAGAGAGACCACGUAGAGAGAGACAGAGAGAGACCACGUAGAGAGAGACACAGAGAGACAGAGAGGGGCGCAGAGAGACACAGAGAGAGACCACGUAGAGAGAGACAGAGAGGGGCGGAGAGAGACACAGAGAGAGACACAGAGAAAGACCACGUAGAGAGAGAUAGAGAGACACAGAGAGACAGAGAGGGGCGCAGAGAGACAGAGAGAGACCACGUAGAGAGAGACAGAGAGACAGAAAGACCACGUAGAGAGACAACGUAGAGAUACAACGUAGAGACAGAGAGGGGCGUAGAGAGACACAGAGACCACGUAGAGAGACAACGUAGAGACAGAGAGAGACACACAGAGAGACACGUAGAGAGAGGCACGUAGAGAGACAACGUAGAGAUACAACGUAGAGACAGAGGGGCGUAGAGAGAGAGACACACACAGAGACCACGUAGAGAGACCGAGCGACACGUAGAGACAGAGAGGGGCGUAGAGAGACGCAGAGAGAGACACAGAGACCACGUAGAGAGAGACACAGAGAGACAACGUAGAGGCAGAGAGACAGGGGCGUAGAGAGACAACGUAGAGCCACAGAGACACGUCGAGAGACAGAGUAGAGAGAGAGAGCACGUGGACACGUAGCGACACACGCUGCAGUUUACAGAUACGCAGAGAUGCGUAGAGAACAUUCAGAGGUGCGUUGAGAUAUUGCACCGAGAUGCAUCGGCACAGGGAUACAAAGACGCAGUAUCUGCACACACACAGUGGCACGCAAGGGCCCAGAUACGUGAGACGUGGCGGUGUGCAGCAUACACAGAGGGAGAUGGACAUUUAGAGAGAGACGCAGCGACGUGGAGAGGCGUUGUAUACCUACGACACGAUAUUUAGACGGCGUACAGAGUGGUUAACCAGACAUACACAGAGAGACACCGAGGACAGGGAGAGGCAGACGGAGAGACACCGAGGCAGAUAGAAAGACAGAGAGAGAGAGAGAGACACACACAAAGACACAGAGACAACAUUACACACAGCACGCAUAGGGCCACAGCGAGACGUAAAGACAGAUACGGGGACAUCGGGGCAUAUAGCAACUCACGUGGACAAGAGGCAGAGUCACAAAGAGACACACAGACACGACAUCGAGAGACAGGGAGAGAGAGAGACCACCCCACACACCCCCCUGCGUCGCCCGGGCUCUGGACGCUUCAGCUGCCGCCAGCAGCACCCCAAGACCCUGCAACCUCUCUACAGCAGCGGCAAGUCGCCAGCACCGAGGACACGCGACUUGGCGUUGCGGACUGGAUGUCACAGCACGUGCAACUGCACGCGGCAGAGUAAAUCGGCACAAGCUUGAUGAACGCGGUGCAACUUGUGGCCUGCGACAGCUUGGCUCUCUCCCUGGCCACAGCGGAGCACAAAGAGGAGAGGCGGUGGUUGUGUCUACACCCACCACGCCCGGCUGCCUUCGUCUCUCCGCUGCUGAAAUUUCACACCGCACCAGGAGCCCAUUUGAGGCCGAGUCGAUCUAGGUGAGGCCCCAGGAGGGAGUCGUGAGACGUGGCUGGGGAUUGAACUUGGGCCACUGCGUUUGUAGCGCAAAUGCGUUAACCUCCGCGACAACCCAUUUUGCAUCCGAACGCGUAGGUCUUCCAUGUAGGGGAUUAGUAGUACUGACGUGGUGGGGCCGGGCAGGAGGUGCUGUGGCCUGCGCCUCGCACGGAUACUUUCACAGACCCACGAAGGGUGUGGCGUGGCUGUGCUCGCACACAAAUACGUAGAAAAAGACCAAGAUCCCCCAUAUAGCCUGAACAGACUUGGGGCAAGUGCUGUUAGCGAGCACCUAUGAAGGCCGGCACGGCACGCGAGGGGGUGGGUGGUCAACACCACGCCAGGCGGCCUUUGUCUCCCCAGUGGUGAUGUUUACACACCGCACCAGGUACUCAUUUGAGGCUGAGUUGACCUCGGGGAGGCCCAGGACCGGUUCAAAUAAUCGUCACCGGUGUUGACCGUGAGCGGGAAUCGAACUCGGGCCGCAGAGUUCAUAGCGUUGCUAACCGCUGCACCACCGCUCCCCACAGACACACACAGACACACACGGACAGCGCGAUGGUGGGGUUGGACUUUGACGUGCGCACCUACUGCUGCAACCUCCGCGCCACCAAGCCGCCCUACGAAUGCCCCGUCUCCUCGUGCCGCAAGAUCUACAAGUCCUACAGCGGCAUCGAGUACCACCUCUUCCACUACGAGCAUGGGGACGGCGCGGGGGCGCCCACGCCGGCGCGCAAGCCCCGGGGCCGCAAGGGCCGCGGCGGCAGCGGAGGGGCCUCCGGGGCUCCGUCCCCGGGGGCCACGGGCGGCGGCGGCGGCUCCGCUCGCUCUCCGGGGCGCGACGCCCUCACCUACGCGCAGGCGCAGCGCCUGGUGGAGGUCGACCUGGACGGUCGGAUCCACCGCAUCAGCAUCUUCGACUCCAUCGAGAUCGUGGACGAGGACGAGGACGAGACGGCGCCGCAGCCGGAGGAGAAGGAGGCGGCGGUGGCGGCCGCCGGAGGGGACGAGCGGCGACAGCGCAACCACAACAACGGCACCGGCGGCCACGAGAACGGCGACGGUAAGAACGGCGUCGCCGGCAUCAAGGAGGAGGAGGAGGCCACCGAAGGAGCAGGAGGAGGAGGAGGAGGCGCGCAGAGGGAGGUGAAACACGAGCGCACGAAACACAAGGAUGGGGGAGCCGCGGAGACCGGCGCCGGCAACAAAGAGAACGCCGACGGAACGGCGCAGCAGCAUCAGCAGCAACCCAAGAGCGGGCGGCACAAGCACAAGGAGCGCAGGAGGGACGGAGGAGGAGGGAGCAGCGGGGGUCCGGGCGCCGGCGGAGGAGGCGCGUGGACGUCGGCCCACCAGGGAGCGGUGGCCACCCCCGGCCAGGCCGCUCCCGGGGCUCCCGCCGGGCCGGGCUCCGGCUCGGGGUCCGGUUCGGGGGGAGCGGCCCCCUCCGGUGCGGCGUGCGCGCCGGCGGGGGGCCCGGCCCCGUGCAAGAUCCCGGAGGCGAUGUUCCGCGUGAUCGAGUACGACGCGCCUGUGGCGCCCGCGCGCCCCAGCGCCUACUACAGAUACAUCGAGAAGUCCAGCGAAGAGCUCGACGAGGAGGUGGAGUACCACAUGGACGAGGAGGACUACGCGUGGCUGGAGAUGAUGAACGAGCGGCGGCACGCCGAGGGCCUGCCGCCCGUCACCCAGGAGUCCUUCGAGCUGCUCAUGGACCGCCUGGAGAAGGAGUCGUGCUUUGAGAGCCGUGCCAAGCCCCCGGGCGGCAUCCAAGGCGACGCGGCGGGGGCCGGCGCAGGGGCCAACGCGGCCGACCUCUCCGGGGCGUCGGUGCCGCUGCCCCCGCCGGACGAGGACGCCCUCUGCUGCAUCUGCAACGACGGCGAGUGCCAGAACAGCAACGUGAUCCUCUUCUGCGACAUGUGCAACCUGGCGGUGCACCAGGAGUGCUACGGGGUGCCCUACAUCCCCGAGGGCCAGUGGCUGUGCCGCCGCUGCCUGCAGUCGCCCUCGCGGGCCGUGGACUGCGCGCUGUGCCCCAACAAGGGCGGCGCCUUCAAGCAGACGGACGAUGGGCGCUGGGCGCACGUGGUGUGCGCACUAUGGAUCCCCGAGGUGUGCUUCGCCAACACCGUCUUCCUGGAGCCCAUCGACAGCAUCGAGCACAUCCCGCCGGCGCGCUGGAAGCUCACCUGCUACGUGUGCAAGCAGCGCGGCUCGGGCGCCUGCAUCCAGUGCCACAAGGCCAACUGCUACACGGCCUUCCACGUGACGUGCGCCCAGCAGGCGGGACUCUACAUGAAGAUGGAGCCCGUGCGCGAGACGGGCGCCAACGGGACGUCCUUCAGCGUCCGCAAGACGGCCUACUGCGAUAUUCACACGCCGCCCGGCAGUGUGCGGCGGCCGCUGCUGCUGACAGGCAGCGAGAGUGACGGCGAGGACGGGGAGGGCGGCGCGGCUGGAGGCUGCACCCCGGGCUGGUCGGCCAAGAAAGCCAAGGCCAAGUCGAAGCAGAAGAUGAAGAAGGCGCGGAAGAUCCUGGCGGAGCGGCGCGCCGCUGUGCCCAUCGUGUCCGUGCCGUGCAUUCCUCCCCACAGGCUGAGCAAGAUCAUUAGCCGCGUGUCCAUGCAGCGCAAGAGCCAGUUCAUGCAGCGCAUGCACAGCUACUGGACGCUCAAGCGGCAGUCCCGCAACGGCGUGCCCCUUCUGCGGAGGCUGCAGUCCCACCUGCAGUCGCAGCGAUCCAUGGAGCAGCGCGAGCACCUGGGAGAGAAGAGGCACGCGCUGAAGGAGCAGCUCAAGUCGUGGCAGCGCCUGCGCCACGACCUGGAGCGGGCGCGCCUGCUCGUCGAGCUCAUCCGCAAGCGCGAGAAGCUCAAGCGCGAACAGAUCCGAGCGCAAGAGGCCGUGAUGGAGGCGCGGCUGAUCCCGUUCGUCAUCUUCCUACGCCGGACUCUGGAGCUGCUGCAGGAGCGAGACACGGGCAGCAUCUUCUCGGAGCCCGUGUGCCUCGAGGAGGUGUCGGACUACCUGGAUCACAUCAAAACCCCCAUGGACUUCUCCACGAUGCGGCAGCGCGUGGACUCGCACGAGUACCGCGGCAUGGACACCUUCGCCGGCGACUUCCAACUCAUCGUCAACAACUGCAUGCAGUACAACGCCAAGGACACGAUUUUUUACCGCGCGGCCGUGCGGCUCAGGGACCAGGGCGCCGUGAUCUUGCGGCAAGCGCGAGCGGCAGCGGAGCGGAUCGGCUUCAACUACGAGAGCGGAAUGCACCUCCCCACGGCGCCAGCCGCUCCGUCCGCCCACGACCUCGUGGCGUCGAGGCGGGGGAGCAAGGCCGGCCGCGGUGACCGCUCCCUCCACCGGGGGGGCCCGCCGCAGAGCGAGCGCCACGGCGCCGCCGGCGGCGCCGCGUCGAAGCGGCGCCCGGGACGGGCGGAGGGGCCGCGGGUUCCCCGGUGCGGGGGCGGCGCCCCUCCCCCCACGACCCUCCCGGGGGGGACUCGCCGGGGCUCGGCCCGCUCGGCCUCCUCCUCUUCCUCCUCCUCAUCCUCCUCCUCGUCGUCCACCUCUUCGCCGUCGUCUUCGUCCUCCGAAGACGAGGGCGGCGGCGGCGUCGGCGUGGAGGGGCCGGAGAGAGGCAGCGGGGGCAAGGGUCGAGCAGCGGCGCCGGGGCCUCGGGGCCAGGGGCUGCGGGGUCACGGCGGGGAGCGGGGUCACGGGGGGGAACGGGGUCGCGCCGGGGGUGGGGGUCGCGGGAGGGGUCGGGGUCGCGCCGGACGCCACGGCGGCAAGAGGCGGCUCGCUGACGGCGACGCCGGGUCCGCGGCAGCAGCAGCUGCAGCCUCCGUGGGUGAGUGGCUCCCGCACCGCACCACAGCACCAAGCCCCGUCACACCCGGGAGGACAGCAGCUGCAGCCUCCGUGGGCGACGGGGGCGAGCGCGUGGGCGGAGCCUCGCGGGGGCUGCUGCUAGGGGACGACGACGGGGGGGGCUCCCUGCUGGGGCCGGCGUCCCUCGGGGGGGGGCCGCCGUCGCCGGGAGGCGGCGGCUGCGGAGGCGGCGGCUGCGGCGGCGGCGCCGGCGGCGGAGGAGGAGGCGGAGGUGGCGGAGGCCGCGCGUCCGACGUGGGACGCCGAACCUUCGUGCUCUUCAGCAAGAAGAGCAAGCCCUUCCCCCUGCAGCACCAGCAGCAGCAGCAGCAGCGCCGGCCUGGACGUCCCCCCAAGCACCGUGAGUCCGGCGGAGCGGCGGGGCCGCCGGCGGGCCCCGGGCCGGGCCAGGCCUCGUCCUCGUCGUCCACCUCGUCCGUGGGCGGCUCGGGAGGGCCGGGGUGCGUCCCCGCCGGCGCCGCGGCCGCGGCCUCCGCGCCCCCGGGCUCCGCACCGGGCCCUCGGAAGCGCCCUCGCAGCAGCUCCAGCUCGGAGAGCGACAGCGACGGGUCGUCAUGCCGACUCUCGCACGCCGGCGCAGACGAGGGCUUCGAGUGCAUUGCCCAGGACGCCAACACGCAAAGCUUCCUGGUCUACCGGCACAAGCAGAGCAGCUCCGACUCGGAGUCCACCACCAGCUCCUCCAGCAGCGCCGCCACCGACAACACGAGUGCGUCCCCAGACAAGCAGAGCCGAGGCAAGGCCAGCUUCUCUCGGGUGAACUUCACCGAGGACAGCAGCGACGAGACCUCGGGCUCCGACAACGAGACCGCCGGGGGCGCCGGCGGCGGCGGCGACUCUGGUGGCAAGGGGCUGCCGUGCGCCAGCUGGGACUACGACGACGACGACGACGACGACACCCCCCUGGAGGCGCUUGACCUCGUGUGGGCCAAGUGCCGUGGCUAUCCCUCGUACCCGGCCCUGAUCAUCGACCCCAAGAUGCCGCGCGAAGGCUUCCUGCACAACGGCGUGCCCAUCCCCGUGCCGCCGCUCGACGUGCUCAAGCUGGGCGAGACGCGCAUCAUGGAGGCCACGGAGCCCCUCUUCCUUGUCCUCUUCUUUGACAACAAGCGCACCUGGCAGUGGCUGCCCCGCUCCAAGCUGGUGGCCCUGGGCGUGGAGCAGGCCAUCGACAAGGCCAAGAUGCUGGAGGGACGCAAAUCCAACAUCCGCAAGUCGGUGCAGGUGGCGUACGAGCGCGCCAUGCUGCACCGCAGCAAGGUGACGCGGGGUGACCCCACGUCCGACUCCAGCGACUCGGACUGACGCCCGACCCCCCCCCCCACCCACCGCGCGGCGUCUCGCUCCACGGAUGUCGUCACCGCCACGUGGCGGAGAAGGGGGGGGGAGAAGCGGCGGUGGCGACGCUCGUGCAUCGCCGUCGCCACCUGCACCUCCUCCGCCGGCGACGACGACGCCCGAGCGACCGCGGCGGGGCGAAAGCCUUCGGGGGAUUCUUUUCCACCCCGAUGCAAAAUGUCUCGGAAGUGCCGCACGCAACUCCACGUCGUGCGGUGGAGGUGGCGGACCAGGGCGGGGCGGGGGGGCCGGAGACCGACGUCGAUGAAAGGAUUCGGGGGCUGCCAAGGCACCCCCCUCGCCCCCGUGUGUGCGUGUGAGCACCCGCGAGGAACGAGAGGGCGAAUGAAGCGACCACAUCCUCCGGGGCGGCGGCGAAACAGCCGAGCCGGCGAGCCCCGGUUGGGAGCGGCCCGGACGCCGGAGUGGAGAGCCGUCGGCGCCGGAGCGGCCGUGCUUGGCGUGCGGUCGAGCGGCCGUGGAGCGAAGCGGCGCGGAGCAAGCGUCGCUCCGAUGGAGGAGCGGCGGCGAGUCCGGAACGGGGUGGCCGGUGGAUCGAGGGCGCGGACGGAGGCCGUUGCGGUCGGGACGGUGACGGGGGCCGGAGCCGAUGGAAGAGAAGCGGCCGGACCGAGCGGGCCGCGGCGGGCGUGGGCGCUUGCCGGGGCCGGCAGGUCGUCCGGACGACGUCGAUUUGCCGGGGCCGGAGCGGACCACGAGCGGCCGUGGCUGCGGAGCCCCCCCCUUCCUGCAAGGCGGGAGCAGGGGGGGGCCGCGGGCCGCGUCUUGGACCGGACGCUCGUCGCGCCGCGUACGUCGCCCCGUUGGUGCCGCGUUUAGUUUCCCCGGCUGUGGCGUCGCGAGGGUGUCCCGGCGGUGGCCGCUCCACACUGACCGGUCCCCGUGUUUCCGUCCCCACGGCGCGGACUUCAAUAAAUCGUGCUCCUC